ACAGUUGGUUGGGCAAUUAAAUCAAUUCCCUCUCCCUGUAAAUAAAUCCCAUCCCAAUCAGUUGCAUCGAGAGAACACUUCCGCUUUUUCCUCUCUUUUUUUUUUUUUUUCUCCCUCUGUUUUCGAUGGCAUCCGCCACCGUCGACCACCGCAAUCACCUCCACAUCGAAUCUAUCUCCGUCGUAGAUCUCCGUCUCCUCUCUCAACCCGACCUCCUUUCCCUUGCUUUAUGCUCCUCUUCUCCUUCCCCUUCCAAUGCCGAAACCGAACUCUUCACUCCCAAAAUUGACCGCUCCGUUUUCAACGAAUCCGCCGGAAGUCGCAAACAAACUUUCUUCCGCCUCCGCUUCGCCGCACCCCGCAGCCACCUACACCACCAACAUUCCUCUCUUCCUUCCGAGCCCUUCCCUUCUCGUUCACUAUACCUAAACCCUGAAUCUCUUGACGAAGAAAGCUCUAACGCCCUCUCUCUGCUUAAAUCACUUUUCAACAUCGAUGAUUCGCUGCCUGCUAACCCCGAAGCUGACGAACCGUACGAUGACAAGGAUCUUGUGCCGGUUCAAAUUGAAUAUCCAAACGGGAAUUCCGGUUUGCAGAAUAUUCCGGUCGACAUUGUUAGUAGUAGUUUAAGAAAAAGGAAGCGAGGGAGGCCAAGGAGGGACGGGAAAGAUAAUUGGCUGAUUGAGAGCGAGCCUUUAGCAAUAGAGGAAUAUAAAGAAAUGAAAACCUUUAGGCCAAAUGAGACAGCGGAUGCCGGUAAUAGUAGCAGUUGUAACGAAGGGAAGAGGAGGAGAGGGCGGCCACGAAGGGAGGAGAGUCAAAGUAGAGUGAUUGCAAGCGAGGAAAAGAAAGUUGAGAGCGAAAUUGAGAAGGCAGCGUUUGUGAAUGUAGAGGCGAUUCUGGGAAUUGAAGAGGAGUUGAGAAGGAGGACUGAGGGGAUUGUUACAGAGGUGCAACUGCUGGAGUUUAUGAAGGGUUUAGAAGGUCAAUGGGCGAGUAAAAGCCAGAAGAAGAGGAUUAUCGACGCAGCUGGGUUUGGGAAUGUGCUUCCAAGAGGGUGGAAGCUUAUGCUCUUCGUGAAGAAGAGAGCCGGCCAUUGUUGGUUAGCUUGUAGCCGAUAUAUAAGCCCUAAUGGCCAACAGUUUGUGUCCUGCAAGGAGGUUUCUUCAUACUUGCUCUCCUUUGGUGGACUUAAAGGUUCAAGUGUGGAAACGUUGAGUCAUGCUGACAAUGGCAUUGAUUUGGGUGUCAAACCCACACCUGGAAAUUUGCCAAUUACAUGUAGAUCUUCUGAAAAUGAGAAGCGAUCUCCCUUACUAAAAAUAGGGAGUCCAAGGGAAGUCCAGAGAGCUGAAACGAUAAAAUGCCACAAAUGCACCAUGACUUUUAAUUUGCAAGAUGAUUUUAUAUGCCACCUGUUAUCAUCUCACAAAGGAUCAGCAAUGAGUUCUGGACAUGGUACCCCAGCUACUGAGGAGGUAAAAAUAAAAAAUGGAAAAUUUGAGUGCCAGUUUUGUCACCAACUGUUUGAAGAAAGGAACUGCUACAGUAGCCAUCUUGGGAUCCACAUGGAGAACAAUAUGAAGAAAGUUGAAGGUUCAGUUGGAGAGCAAAACACCGUUCAGCCAUUAAAUUCUGCUGGCAGUAAUGAAAUAGGACCUGGUUUUUGCUGCAGUGAAUCUAAUGAAAAUGCUCUGGUUGAAACGUUUACUGAUAAAUACAAUCAUGAAGGCAAUUUAUUGUCUCGUGAUGAACAGGAUAAGGUUAACAUGAAUGAAAAAGUGUUAGCUGACAGAAACUGUGAUACAAAAAUUAAAUUCUGUUUUGUAACUGAUAAUAAAGGGGACAUCACUGAUGCUACUGCAGCUGCUGAUCUUAAUGUUUGUUUGGGUUCUGAAAGCAUCUUGUUUACGUCUGACAAAGAAGGGAUUUCCCGACCUUCAGAUAAAGUUGAUGUUGGAUUUGCUGUUAAUUCAAUGGAGGAGAAGAAGAGAGAGAUGGCUUUGAACACCAGUUUCCUUGCUCCAAAUGCUAAGGGAAAUAUGUUUAGUGAUGAAAAUACCGAGGAUGGACAUUUUCCUAGCUUUUUGAAAGGGAUGGAAGUUGAUUUGAAGGAUAAAGCUACAAGGGAUGACCCAAAAGCUGGUUGUGCUGAUACUAGCACAGAGCUGUCUAAUGUCAGAAUUGAUAAUGUACAGGGAAAUUACAGUGAAGGUUGUUCACUUAUUGCUUCUGGCAACAAACAAAGAGUUAAUCUUGUAGAUCAUUUGAAAGGGGCUUCUGUUACAAUAGAUUCUACACAUGAAAGAGGUUCUGGAUGUGGUUUAAGUUCGUCUAAAGGUGAUCAAACAUGUGUCAUCAGCAAUAGUUUGAUUCUUGUUUCUGGCACUUUAGAUGAUCCGGAAUCUAUUAUGGUCAAUGAAUCCGCUAACAUUGAACCUACUAUUUGUUUUCAAAGCCAUCUCCCCAUGAAAAAACCCUCACAAGAGAAAAGUGAAACAGUCUUGCUUACUUCACAUGGCAGGGAGCAAAUAUUUCCUUCUGACAAUAAUGCAUUUAAGGCCUUCAGCCGGACGGUGGAGGUGUCUGACCUUGAUGGAGCCCAAAAUUAUAGAGGAUUAAGUCCGGGUGUGAACAGCCGUAACAGUGGAGUGGAUCCUAACAUCCUAGCUAGUGUCAAACAUGAAAAGACUAAAGAUCGUCUAUUUGGCCCAUCUUCAUAUAAGAAAACACAUACUUGCACACCGGAGUAUAAACAGGAUAAAGGGUCUGAGAGCAUUCUCUAUCAACAGUAUGGUAAUCAGCAAAACAGUAACUAUGAAACUAGUAUGAACAAAGUUUCUUUCUUUUCGAAAGAGGAGCCCAAACACAAAGGGGGAAGCUCCAUUGUUGGAAAUGCUUAUGCUAGAGUAGGCACAUUUGCUUUGACAGGCACUGUUCAGGAAAGCUGUUCCCCACAUUUUUCUGGAAAUAGGGAAAAAAUUUCUGGUAAAAAUAAUGUACCUGGUAUUAGCAGUGGUGCUGUUCUUGAACCAAAGCAAAAUAAAGGUGCUUUUGAGGAUUUCUUCGGUCUAUCCAGUAGUGAACAAACACAUGUUGCAAAUAAUUUGAACAUGGUUCAUGCAGGCACAGCACAUGAUGGGUCUAGGUUACAAGAUUUUCAGAAUGCAAGGAAUAAUGAAAUAAUGAUUGGUUAUACCAAUCAUGCACGACCUAUUGAGGAUUCCAUGACUGGGCUCACAUGGAAAAGUAAUGAAGGAAAUGUUCUGCUGAGUGGUUUGGCUGAUACUUCAUCUCAAUUGUUGACAUCAUCUGGUUAUUACCCCACAUUUGACUGGAUGUCACAUAAGGGUGAAACUGAAAUGUUCGACAUUAGUGGAAAGUGCAGCAGUAUAUCAGGUUUUGAAGGGCUGCAAUCUGGUAGCAUAGAACAUAUGGAAUAUAAUUUUCUGACUGCUCAACCAAGUUCUUGUUCAGGGAACCCCAAGGGUCAAAGUGAAAUGUUCAACAUUAGUGGGAAGUGCAGCAAUGAAUCAGGUUUAUCAGAUAACUUGGAACAUAUGGAAUAUAGUUUUAUGACUGCUCAACCAAGUUCUCGUUCAGGAAACUCCAAGGUACCAUCAUAUGGUUCAGAGAUGGCAUUAAAGUUUGACUCUGUGUGGCUUGGAAAGGAUGCUUUGCCGCUGUUGCCUAAAAUAGCUGGCAGACAUCAGGUCACUACCUUGUGCUCCUGGUGUGGAAAUCAGUUUUAUAAUGAGGCUGUUGAUAUCGCAGCACAGAGAAGCACAAUGGUUAUGUGUGCCAACUGUCGGGCUAGGUUCUCUAGGAACCAUGAUUUUAUGUAAAAUAGCAUGUUUACAAGCAUACCAGCAUGUGUGAUUCCCAAGUCUAUGACACAAGGUAACUUCCACAUCAAACAAGCUAUUAUUCAGAUAUAAGGCAAGUUUUUGUGAUUGCAUGGAUUGAUUGGUAUGUAUGUACUAUUCUCUAAAGGACACUACAAGUGCUAGCAUUUGAUAUAGUUCUCAACUCAAGGUGACAUAAUUCAAGUUGAUUAUGGUUAAAUAUUAUAACCUCUACAUGAUUAAUGGAAAUCAAACAAGACCCUACAUAAAUUAGUGUAAA